CUUCCUCGAGCUUCCUCCGAUCUCUCCAUAUCUAUCCAUCGCACUCCCUUCGUUCCUUAUCCGUUCCGACUUCCUCCCUUGUAUAUAAUGCUCCCUUGCACACCGAACGCACUCUCUUCCUCUCCCUCUCACGGGGAGUUUGCUAUUGCCGAUCUACUACCCGGACGCUGCCUCGCCGCCGGCGCUCGCCGAUCGAGUCUCUGAAGAAGGACUAGGUGGCAAUUGCGGAUGACUUCUCUUGCUUUUUCUUCAUCGCCCGUUGGACUUCGUUUCACUCGGGUGCAGUAUGGUACAAGAGCAUUGAGUUCUUUCAAAAAGAUCGUAGGGUUGAGUUGUGAUAAAGUUUCAGUAAAUUUGAUUCCCAAUGUGACAUCAAAUGGUUACAAGAGAACAAUAUGCUUUGCUUUAAAAGGAAAUGGUGCAUUUGUGACAAUACCAAACUCUAGUGAGGGCGAUGUAGAAUCAGCAGAUAGUGCUGUUAGUGAACAAGAUAAUGCACAUAACAGUUAUAUUCUUCAAGCUGAUGCAACAUCCAUCCAAACAGUUGUAGCUGAUAUUUCUCCAGUUCCGAAUGACUUUCCUAUCUACAAUGGAGAACUUGAUUUGGAUUGUCCUACAAAAGGAUUCUCCUCUAUUCCAGAGGCAAUUGAAGACAUUCGUCAAGGCAAGUUUGUGAUUGUUGUUGAUGAUGAAGAUAGAGAAAAUGAGGGAGAUCUCAUUAUGGCAGCAUCUUUGGUGACGCCAGAGGCCAUGGCUUUUAUUGUGAAACAUGGGACUGGAAUUGUCUGUGCGAGUAUGAAAGCUGAAGAUCUUGAAAGGUUAGAGCUUCCUCUCAUGGUAUCAAACAAAGAAAAUGAGGAGAAACUAUGCACAGCUUUCACCGUCUCAGUGGAUGCUAAAGAUGGUACAAGUACCGGUGUCUCUGCUACAGACAGAGCCAGGACAGUUACGAUGCUUGCUUCACCUGAUUCAAAAUCUAAAGAUUUCAACCGUCCAGGUCAUAUUUUCCCAUUGAGAUACAGGGAAGGUGGUGUUUUGAAAAGAGCUGGACAUACCGAAGCAUCACUUGAUCUGGCUGUAUUAGCUGGGUUACCUCCGGUUGGAGUUCUUUGUGAGAUUGUUGAUGAAAGUGAUGGUUCCAUGGCUCGGUUACCUAAACUACGUGAGUUUGCCAAGGAGGAGAACUUGAAGAUAAUUUCAAUUGCAGAUUUGAUCAGAUAUAGGAGGAAAAGGGAUAGGUUAGUUGAAUGUGCUUCUAUUGCACGCCUACCAUUGAAAUGGGGUUCUGUUCAGGCCUAUUGUUAUCGAUCACUUCUUGAUGGAAUGGAACAUAUUGCUAUGGUUAAAGGAGAUAUUGGAGAUGGCCACGAUAUCCUUGUAAGGGUGCAUUCUGAGUGCCUCACUGGUGACAUAUUUGGAUCUGCUAGGUGCGACUGUGGCAAUCAGCUUGCGCUAGCUAUGGAAAUGAUCGAAAAAGCUGGAAGGGGUGUGCUAGUUUACCUUCGUGGACAUGAAGGCAGGGGUAUCGGCCUUGGUCACAAACUUCGUGCUUACAAUUUACAGGAUGAUGGGCGUGACACUGUGGAAGCUAACGAGGAGCUAGGAUUACCCGUAGAUUCACGGGAAUACGGCAUUGGAGCGCAGAUUCUACAAGACCUCGGCGUUCGGACUAUGAAACUGAUGACGAACAACCCUUCCAAGUAUCAUGGACUCAAGGGCUACGGAUUGAGCAUUGCCGGCAAAGUUCCCCUGCUAACUCCAAUCACCAACGAAAAUAGAAGGUAUAUGGAAACAAAAAAGGAAAAAAUGGGGCAUAUAUAUGGAUCUGAUUUCAAUGGUCAUCUUUCUAGUUUCAUUGGAAGUGAUGCAACUGAUGAACAGCAGCAGGCUUCCUCCUAAUGUUGCAAGUAGAAGUUGAUUAAGCUUUAGUUGUUUACAACCUUGUUUUUUAUGGUCAAGUUUUUUUUUUAAUUUGAUGGAGCUCCACUGAGUUAAUGACUAUCUAAGCUGUUGUGCCAAAUAAAAAUAAAAACAAAAACAAAAACAAAGUUGGUUCUUAUGUAAUAAAAAUGGUAGCUUUAUUUUGCCAUAUAAUUGUAUUUUAUUGCUUUCCUUU